UCCCUUCCCAGCUUCAAUCCGCGCCACCUUUUCCCUCGGCCCGCGCGGGGCCCAGCUGACGGGCCGCGUUGUUUACGGGCCGGAGUCGAGCCCUCUCUCCCGCCGCCGCCACCAGCCCAGGUGCCCGCCCGUUCGCGCGUCCCUCUGUUUCAGACUCCGCAGAACGCGACCCACCCAGAGCUGCACCGGGCGAAGAAACAGGAGGCCUGGAAAGGGGGCGCACGGCGGUGAGCUCUGGACCCUGCGAUUGCAGGCACGGGACCGGGCCUGGGUGACCCGGGGCCGUAGUCUGCGGGCCGCGCCACCUCGUUGGUUGAAGCCGAGGCCUCUGUGCUCUUCCCGGGGCUGUCCCCAGGGCCCUCUCGCCUGGAGAGCUGCAGCCCGCGAGCUACCGGCGUGGAAGAGACGGACGCGUGGCCACUAGAGCCUCUCCGGCGACCUCCUCGCGGACUAUGUCCCCAGCGGGACGGCGUGGCGUGCUCUGAUCGCCGGGGUCCCUGCGCUUCUACAGCCAUGGGCUCCGGGAAACGACGUGAGACAACGGCUGUGCCGUUGUUGGUGGCCGUGGCCGCGUUGCUGGUGGGCGCAGCCGGCCACCUGUACCCUGGCGAGGUGUGCCCUGGCAUGGACAUCAGGAACAACCUGACCAGGCUGCAUGAGCUGGAGAACUGCUCAGUCAUCGAGGGCCAUCUGCAGAUCCUCCUGAUGUUCAAAACCAGACCCGAAGAUUUCCGAGACCUCAGUUUCCCCAAACUCAUCAUGAUCACAGACUACCUGCUUCUUUUUCGUGUCUAUGGCUUGGAGAGUUUGAAAGACCUCUUCCCCAACCUUACAGUCAUCCGAGGCUCCCGUCUCUUCUUCAACUAUGCCCUGGUCAUCUUUGAGAUGGUCCACUUGAAGGAGCUGGGACUCUACAGCCUCAUGAACAUCACCCGGGGCUCUGUCCGCAUUGAGAAGAAUAAUGAGCUCUGUUACCUGGCCACCAUUGACUGGUCCCGGAUCUUGGAUUCUGUGGAGGACAACUACAUCGUGCUGAACAAAGAUGACAAUGAGGAGUGUGGGGAUGUCUGUCCAGGCACUGCCAAAGGCAAGACCAACUGCCCUGCUACCGUCAUCAAUGGGCAGUUUGUGGAACGGUGCUGGACACACAGUCAUUGUCAGAAAGUUUGUCCGACCAUCUGUAAGUCACAUGGCUGCACAGCUGAAGGCUUGUGCUGCCACAAGGAGUGCCUAGGCAACUGUUCGGAGCCCGAUGACCCCACCAAGUGUGUGGCCUGCCGCAACUUCUACCUGGAUGGUCGCUGUGUGGAGACCUGCCCACCCCCUUACUACCACUUCCAGGAUUGGCGCUGUGUGAACUUCAGCUUCUGCCAAGACCUUCACUACAAAUGCAGAAACUCUAGGAAGCCUGGCUGUCACCAAUACGUCAUUCACAACAACAAGUGCAUCCCUGAGUGUCCUUCUGGCUAUACAAUGAAUUCCAGCAACUUGAUGUGCACCCCAUGUCUGGGACCCUGUCCUAAGGUCUGCCACAUCCUCGAAGGCGAGAAGACCAUUGACUCUGUGACAUCUGCCCAGGAGCUCCGAGGCUGCACUGUGAUCAAUGGCAGCCUGAUCAUCAACAUUCGAGGGGGCAACAAUCUGGCAGCUGAGCUGGAGGCUAACCUUGGCCUCAUUGAAGAAAUUUCAGGGUUCCUAAAAAUCCGACGCUCCUAUGCUCUAGUAUCACUUUCUUUCUUCCGGAAGCUACAUCUGAUUCGAGGAGAGACCUUGGAAAUCGGGAACUACUCUUUCUAUGCCUUGGACAACCAGAACCUCAGGCAGCUCUGGGAUUGGAGCAAGCACAACCUCACCAUCACUCAGGGCAAGCUCUUUUUCCACUACAACCCCAAACUCUGCUUGUCAGAAAUCCAUAAGAUGGAAGAGAUUUCUGGAACUAAGGGCCGCCAGGAGAGGAACGACAUUGCCCUGAAGACCAAUGGGGACCAGGCAUCCUGUGAAAAUGAGUUACUUAAAUUUUCUUUCAUUCGGACAUCUUUUGACAAGAUCUUGCUGAGGUGGGAGCCCUACUGGCCCCCUGACUUCCGAGACCUCCUGGGAUUCAUGCUCUUCUACAAAGAGGCCCCUUAUCAGAAUGUAACGGAGUUUGAUGGUCAGGAUGCGUGUGGCUCCAACAGCUGGACUGUGGUAGAUAUUGACCCACCCCAGAGGUCCAACGACCCCAAGUCUCAAACCCCAAGCCACCCUGGGUGGCUAAUGCGGGGUCUCAAGCCCUGGACCCAAUAUGCCAUCUUUGUCAAGACCUUGGUUACCUUCUCAGAUGAACGCCGGACCUAUGGAGCCAAAAGUGACAUCAUCUAUGUGCAGACAGAUGCCACCAAUCCUUCUGUCCCCCUGGACCCUAUAUCGGUUUCUAAUUCCUCAUCCCAGAUUAUCUUAAAGUGGAAGCCCCCCUCCGACCCCAAUGGCAACAUCACACACUACUUGGUCUACUGGGAGAGGCAGGCAGAGGACAGCGAGCUGUUCGAGUUGGAUUAUUGUCUCAAAGGGCUGAAGCUCCCCUCACGGACCUGGUCUCCACCUUUUGAGUCUGACGAUUCUCAGAAGCAUAAUCAGAGCGAGUAUGACGACUCAGCCAGCGAAUGCUGCUCCUGCCCCAAGACCGACUCUCAGAUCCUGAAGGAGCUGGAGGAGUCUUCAUUCAGGAAGACCUUUGAGGAUUACCUGCAUAAUGUGGUUUUUGUCCCCAGAAAACCCUCUGCAGGCAGUGGUGCCGAGGACACUAGGCCAUCUCGAAAGCGAAGAUCCCUUGAAGAGGUGGGGAAUGUGACAGCCACCAUGCCUACACUUCCAGAGUUUCCUAAUACUUCCUACACCAUUGCACCUACGAGUCAGGAGGAACACAGGCCCUUUGAGAAAGUGGUGAACAAGGAGUCACUUGUCAUCUCUGGCCUGAGACACUUCACUGGCUAUCGCAUUGAGCUGCAGGCAUGCAACCAAGACUCCCCAGAAGAGAGGUGCAGUGUGGCUGCCUACGUCAGUGCCCGGACCAUGCCUGAAGCUAAGGCAGAUGACAUCGUUGGCCCUGUGACCCACGAAAUCUUUGAGAACAAUGUUGUACACUUAAUGUGGCAAGAGCCAAAGGAGCCCAAUGGUCUGAUUGUGCUGUAUGAAGUGAGCUAUCGGCGAUAUGGUGAUGAGGAGCUGCACCUCUGUGUCUCCAGAAAGCAUUUUGCCCUGGAGCGGGGCUGCAGGUUGAGAGGGCUCUCGCCAGGGAACUACAGUGUUCGAGUCCGGGCUACCUCCCUGGCAGGCAAUGGCUCCUGGACAGAACCCACCUAUUUUUACGUGACUGAUUAUUUAGAUGUCCCAUCAAAUAUUGCCAAAAUUAUCAUCGGGCCCCUCAUCUUUGUCUUCCUCUUCAGUGUUGUGAUUGGAAGUAUUUAUCUGUUCCUGAGAAAGAGGUUUUUUCCUUCUUCUGUGUACGUGCCGGAUGAGUGGGAGGUGCCUCGAGAGAAGAUCACCCUCCUACGAGAGCUCGGGCAGGGAUCCUUUGGUAUGGUGUAUGAGGGCAAUGCCAAGGAUAUCAUCAAGGGCGAGGCAGAGACCCGUGUUGCAGUGAAGACUGUCAAUGAGUCAGCCAGUCUCCGAGAACGGAUCGAGUUCCUCAACGAGGCAUCAGUCAUGAAGGGAUUCACCUGCCAUCAUGUGGUUCGCCUCCUUGGGGUGGUGUCCAAAGGCCAGCCAACACUGGUCGUGAUGGAAUUGAUGGCUCAUGGAGACCUGAAGAGUCACCUCCGUUCCCUGCGCCCAGAUGCCGAAAAUAACCCAGGCCGUCCUCCCCCUACCUUGCAAGAGAUGAUUCAGAUGACAGCAGAAAUUGCUGAUGGCAUGGCAUACUUGAAUGCCAAGAAGUUUGUGCACCGGGACCUGGCAGCUCGAAACUGCAUGGUUGCUCAUGAUUUUACCGUCAAAAUUGGAGACUUUGGAAUGACGAGAGACAUCUAUGAGACAGAUUACUAUCGGAAAGGGGGCAAGGGCCUGCUGCCUGUACGGUGGAUGUCACCUGAGUCCUUGAAGGAUGGAGUCUUUACUGCUUCUUCUGAUAUGUGGUCCUUUGGGGUGGUCCUUUGGGAAAUCACUAGUCUGGCUGAGCAACCAUACCAAGGCCUGUCUAACGAACAGGUGUUGAAAUUUGUCAUGGAUGGAGGCUAUCUGGAUCCACCUGAUAAUUGUCCCGAGAGACUCACUGACCUGAUGCGCAUGUGCUGGCAGUUCAACCCCAAGAUGAGGCCAACCUUCCUGGAAAUUGUCAACCUGCUGAAGGAUGACCUCCACCCCAGCUUUCCAGAGGUUUCCUUCUUCUACAGCGAAGAGAACAAGGCUCCCGAGAGUGAGGAGCUGGAAAUGGAAUUCGAGGACAUGGAAAAUGUCCCCUUGGAUCGGUCCUCUCACUGUCACAGGGAAGAGGCUGGGGGCCGGGAGGGAGGGUCCACUCUGAGCAUCAAACGGACCUAUGAUGAACACAUCCCAUACACCCACAUGAACGGGGGCAAGAAGAAUGGGCGUGUACUCACCCUGCCCAGGUCAAACCCUUCCUAACAGUGCCUGCUGGGGAAGGACUCUUUCUUUCUAUUUUAAAACUCUUCUCUAGUUUGACCGCCUCCAGGAAACUCAGGAUUAUCAGGACUCUACCCAGAUGUGAAACUGAGCUCAGAGAUAGUUCAUACACGUUUCUGUUUGUCUUUUGACCUAAAAAUACACAUGUGUGAUUGCCAACCCUGCAAGCCAGUGGAGGGCUAACUGUGAACCUAGAGGGGUUGGGCUUUCCACAGACACGUCCCCCUAUCCCAUCCACGGUUUCAAACCAGGAUUUUGUUGUUGCUGUUGUUUUCCUCAUAGAUUGAAAGAAUGCACCUGUUUUUACAGGCAUUUCUCUUUUCUUGCUAGUGUCUGAGUUACAGUUAGUUGUCAAGGACAGAAUUUAUUUAUGGAACACAAGAAAGAAAGCUAAGGAGAGACAGACAGAAAAAAAACAAAAAACCCAACUCACAACACCCUGUUCUAGAGUUACAUGCUUUGCAGGGUUGGGUUUUGAGAAGAUAUUAUUAAUCUGAGAGAGGGGCUUUAUUUUAGUUUUUUUUCUUUAUUCACAAAAUCAGUUCCUCAAAUUGACCAAUAGCUGCUGCUUUCAUAUUUUAUUUUGGGGAAGGGUGUGUAGUCCUCUGUGUGUGCUCCUGUGCACACCUGUGUGUGUUUGUGUGCGUGUCAUGUCCAGGCUAGAGAUCACAGGGUGGGGUGGGGAUUGUGUGUGUGUGUGUGUGUGUGUUAAACAUUAUCUGGACUGAUGCUUGAGGAAUUCAUUGGCUCAUGAAGCUCCUGCUGCUUGGAGUGGGUGACCUCACCUUAUCCUUCCUUCUUAGGAACUCAGCGUCUGUGCCGUCUAGAGAUGCUUCUCGGUCAUUUCAGAAGUCUUGCUCAGGUGUCUUCUUUCCCUCCCUUUUGCAAUGUUUUCCAAAAACUGAGGGAGGACCAUUUGGUCUGGAUUCAUCAAGGGUGUUUGGAAGACCAAACAAAGCAAAGGACACACACACAAACACACACACCGGACAGAAGUAGAAAGAAGUCAGAUGAUAAUUUUGAGAAUAUAUUUGUAACAUAUUUAAUGCUUAAGGAAUCUCUGGCAUGAGCCUAAUAAGUUAUUAUUUCUUUGGGGGCAGAGGAAGUAGUGGGCACACCUGCUUGUGUGGGAAGACAGGAGGGAAUGGCCUCUUGUGUUUGGUCUUUGAAGCACAUGUUUUUCGGGAAAUUAUACCACAUUAGCUGCUAGCCCUUUAGGACACUGUGAGGCCUUGUGGAGUAUAUGGGAAACUGGAUUUUUGACUGAUUCUUCUAGCAAGUUGGACUGGAUGUUUCUUACUUGCAUACACUGGUGAUCCUGGAGCUGAGCUGGCCUUCCAGAACACCUGUGUUCAUCUUUGGGAUUUUUCUCUGCUUGUGUACCUCACCUCUUCAAGGCCUACUUGUUGCUCAGUCAUUGUAUAAACACAACAAACUCAUCCCAAAGAGCAACGACACAGGAGGACUUUGAGAACACUAAGCAAUAUAAGGAGAUGCCCCCUUGGAAUAGCUGUUGGUCUCCUCCCCCGGGGGAUGUUGGCUGUUCUCCACACUAAACUCCCACAGCUGCUCUUGGUGCCCAGGGACCUCAACUCGGGCAGGUGUGGUGCCUGAGUUUCUUUCUCAGGUGCUAAUGUUUCAGUCCCUAGAGACUACAGUCUGGAGAAGACAUCAGAGACUUUCUUCCCACCACCAAGAACUCCUGAAAGGAUGUGAACCCACAGCUUCCUCUUUGCAUAAAACUACAGCUGCUCAAGUAAAAGAAACAGCCAUGGUGAACUCAUGGAUGGGGCUCAGAAUCCUCCCACACAUUCUUCCCUGCCUGUGUUUCCCCACAAAUAUCUGAUACCUUUCUUCUCCUCUAAGAGAUGUGAGAUAAAGACACAGUGUCCACCCCCAAACCCUCUUAAUUCUUGGUUGAAAACACAAGUAGACACAGACUCUGAGUGCCAGUUGCUGUCAAAUUUAUAUUAAAAAAAUUGACAGAUGUAAAAAUGUUACCAGGGAACUCAAUGGUUGGUACAAGAAGAAAAAGUCACAGUUAUUUUCACCCAAAUCACUUUGUAACUAGAGGGUCUGUGCAUCAGUGGAAGACAUGUAGGUCUGAUAUUUGUUGUUUCUUUUUCCUUUUCACAGUAAAUUUGUAGUGGUCAGAUGCUACACUAGCAGGAAUUUCCACAUUUUUCUAAUUCAAAAGGUUUUCUUAUAUUACUGGGGAAAGUAUUUAUUUUAAUAUAUAAAAUCACUCUUGAAAAUCACUUUUGUAAAAAAAUGGUGUGCAUGUAAAUUUUUUUUUAUCAAGGAAAAAAUAAAAACAGGUGAGUGUGGGUCAUGUUUUUAUUUCUCUCAGCACAGUCUACCUCAGUGUCUUGUUAGGAUGAGGUUCAAUCACAGGUGUUGAGGCUUUGGAAUUCUGGCUGGAUCGUGCUCUGAGUUGGGGAGCUGUGGACCAGCUGAUUUCUGAAUGCCACAAACUAGGAAGAACUUUGAGGGAGGGAGUUGGAAUGAAGUUAGAACCUUCCUGUGAACCCGGAUUCUUCUCUUUGCUGGUAUCCUUCUGAGUGUAACCUUAUACAGCUUUUUGGUGAUGCAAACUCCUCACACAGAAGCCGUGCUUCAGUCCAUCUUGAUUUAGCCUCUCUGUGAGGUCCUCAUGUUAAGGUCUUUUGGGGAGAGGUGAUGAACUAACACCGACAGCUGUUGCACGAAAUCCCCCAGACAAUAUGCAAAGGCACUUUGAGUUCUCUGGCCGUUAUUUCUCUGCCCUUUUCAGACCCGUGAGGCCUUGGGUGUCUGAGGGCACCUCCUAUACAACAUGAGGGCGUUUGGGGGAAAUCCUAAUCCAAAACCCAUCAGUUUCUUGAACAUAUUUUGAGCAAUAAAAUAGGAGCCCUAUGCUGGGAUUUGGUUGAAUUCAAGCUGACACUGUUUGGCCUUGUGAAGUUUUGAGAAGUCUAGAAGUCAAGGCAGGGCCAGCAUGGCCUCUGUUUUCAGGCUUCACAUUUCUUUUUUUCAUCUGAGGGCACAUUCCUUAAAGUUCACUCUUCUCCAUCUUCUCUGGAGAGGUGUACUAACUUGGGAUGACCCUAUCAAAAAAGACUUCACCAAUUCCAUUUUGAUAUCUAAUGCUGCUGGGGAGGGAAUAAGCAGCUGUUGGGUCAUGAGACUCAUUUUGGCUUCAGAAGAUGUUAGCUUUGUAAGAAAAGAACCUUGGGACCUAGAAAAUCAUGGCUGUCCUGAGAGUUUGUAGUGAUGGGUGAGAGGGGAACAAAAGAAAACCAGGUUACAUCGACACUUCGCUGUGUGCUUUGGAAGAUGUCUCAUCAUUUUAAAAGUCUUUUUAUGGUCAUGGUGAAAGCCGCCCAGUCAUUUUUUCCAGGGUAAUAGCAGAUAUUAUUCUGUCUGGUUCAAUGAUAGCAAGCACACACCAGGAAAUGUUCCUGUUCUCGGAGCCCUUCUAGAUGCUUCCUGUCAUUUGAAGCUAACUGGAAGGGAAGAGCACUGAUGGUUUCCUGGAGUUAGGCUGAGCACAAUUUGGGAGAAUGUCGAAAUGGGCAGGAAGAGCUGCAUGUCUGUUUCUGUGGCAGUGAUGUCACCAGUCCAAGCACAAGUCGCUCUUCUUAUCUGACCAGGGCAGAUAGUCUACCAGGCAGAGUGAUUAAUUAUGGGGUUAAGGACUAUAAAUUUAUUUGAAGUCCACCAUGACACUGGCCAAUGAGCAGUAUCACUGUGCAAGUCUAGUUCAUACUGGCAAUCUUGGUAAAUGAGUGGCUGUCAUUCUACCAAAGGUUUUUCUAGUUCCUGAUAGGUGAAUGUGUUCUGGAUACUAGCUGGUGAACUCAUGAGAACAUACAAUCUUCAAAAAUUAUGAUUUUUUUGAACAUGGAAAAGAAAAAUACUGAUUUUGUACAAAUGACACACAUAGGGUAGAGCCAUUUUAGAAAACCUUCCAGAUUGUUCCUCAGAAUAUGAAUUUACACAGGAGAUGAGGUUGUGAAAUAGGAAUAAAUGAUUAUCCCUUGCUGUUUAAACUUUUAAGAGACCAUGACUGAAGGCAUAUUUAUCUUCUGGUGGUCCUCAAGAAAUAGAGAUCAGUGAGUAUUUGCGUUUACUUGAUGCCAAUCAAGGUUCAGAAUCAGUCUCUGGUCAAUUUUUUAUCUAUAUGUGAGCCACUAAAACAGCAAAACAAAGCAAAACAAAACAAAAACUUGUUAAAAACUAGAUCAUAAACCUGGGACCCUUGUUAUCAUUUGAGAAGGAAGGACCCUAAAAUAUGUGUGUGUAUGUGUGUGUCUGUCCGUCCAUGCACAUGUCCAGGAAUGGCUUGUUUGGUCCUUAUCCUUUGUAUCAAAGUUGCUGCUCCUUGCCCCUUUAUGUGCCUGGGUAGUUACACCCCAUAUAUCAGCAGUGUGGGAUCCAAUGUGCCACAGUGCUAUAGAAAACUCAGAAACUCAAAACCCACCCAAAACAGUGAUGUUUUCUUACAAGAGCCAAGUAGCAUCAUGUACAGAAUAUGCCUUCUUUGUGAGGGGAGGGAAGGGACUGAAAUUGUUCUGCAUGUACAAUACAGGCUAAUUACUUGUUUAUAUUAAAAUUUGGAAUAAAUUAUCUGAGACUGUU